AUGCCUCCGCUGUGUGGAACAGUAGCGCCUUUACGACGUAUUCGAAGCAUUGACUUUGGAAUUCUGUCUCCGGAUGAGGUUGUGAAGAAUUCUGUGACCACUGGUAUUGGUGGAGAAGACAAUGGAAUUACUCGUGUGGAAAUAUCUGCAAAUGGAAAGCCGGUCAAGGGAGGACUGAAUGAUCCACGAAUGGGAACGAUUAGUUCGUCGGGGAAGUGUGAAACCUGUAAUCGCUCUUACGAGGAUUGUCCUGGCCAUUUUGGUCAUAUCCACCUGAACGCGGAAAUAUUCCACACCGGUUUUCUCGAUAUCAUCUACCGUGUGCUUACCUGCAUCUGCUUCAACUGUGGCAAGUGUCUGGUUCCUCGGGGCGACAUUCCGGAGAACGAAACCGACACGGAUAAUUGCAGGAAGUUAUCGCGCGUCUUCAACCGCGUGAAGACGAUCAAGGACUGCAGCCGUGAGCACGGAGGCUGCGGCCACGCCUGGCCGCAUCUGCUCUCCCGCAGUCUCAAAAUCCUCAUCACAUACAAAAACGACGACAACCAGGAAGUCUCCGACUACAUCUCCCCCUCCUCGGUGAAGGACCUGUUCCGCAAGAUCAGUCCGGAGGACUGCCGCUUCAUGGGGUUCAACUACCCCGAAAUCAAGCCGGAGUACAUGAUUCUCAGCGAAAUCCCGGUGCCUCCUCUGGCGGUGCGUCCGCCUGUGAUGCUGCCGGGCAGCACGACGCCGAGCGAAGACGACAUCACCUACGCGCUGUCGAACAUCCUCAAGGCCAACAAGGCCAUCAGCGGCGACCGCUUCCGCGGGAAAGGCCGGAACGGGAUGGACGACGACCUGGAGAUGCUGCAGACGUACUACAGCAACUACUGCGACAACGAGCGCAAGAACGUGCCGCAGGCGAUCCAGAAGAACAAGCGUCCGCUGAAGACGUUCCGCCAGCGCAUCAAGGGCAAGACGGGCCGCGUGCGCGGGAACCUGAUGGGCAAGCGAGUGAAUUUCAGCGGGCGGUCGGUGAUCACCGCGGACCCGACGAUCGACAUCGACGAGGUGGGCGUGCCGAAGUCGCUGGCGGCGAUCCUGACGUUCCCCGAGCGCGUGACGCGGUACAACAUCAAGGAAUUGGAGAAACUGGUGAACCAGCGCGACAAGUGGCCGGGCGCGAAGUACAUCAUCGAUCUGGACGGCCGGCGGUAUGAUUUGCGGUACACGAACGGAAUCCCGCAGCUGAAGGAGGGGAUGAUCGUGGAGCGGCACAUCAACAAUGGCGAUAUCGUGCUGUUCAAUCGGCAGCCGUCGCUGCACAAGAUGUCGAUCAUGGGCCACCGCGUGCGCGUGCUGAACUACUCGACGUUCCGGUUGAAUCUGUCGUGCACCACGCCGUACAACGCCGAUUUCGAUGGCGAUGAGAUGAACAUCCACGUGCCGCAGACGGUGCAGGCGCGCGCCGAAGUCACCGAGCUGAUGAUGGUGCAUAAGAAUAUUAUUUCGCCGAAGAGUAACGGGCCGGUGAUGGGCAUCGUGCAGGACACGCUGCUGGGCUCGCAGAAGUUGACGCAGCGAGACACGUUCGUCGCGAAGGACAUGAUGAUGAACAUGGUCAUGUGGGUCGACGACUUCGACGGAAACAUCCCCAUCCCCGCGGUCACCGCGCACAAGGACGGGAAACUGGUCCCUCUGUGGACGGGGAAGCAGAUGUACUCGCUGAUCCUGCCGAAAGAUCUGAACAUCCAGCGCUUCUCGACGCCGUACGACAAGAACAAGAAGGUUCCGCUGAACAUGAUGGACUGCGAGGUGCUCAUCGAGGAGGGCGAGCUGCUCAUGGGCAUCAUCGAUAAGAACUCCAUCGGAAACACCAAGAGCGGGGGAAUCACGCACGUGCUGAUGAAUGACCGCGGCCCCGACGCGGCCAAGGCGUUCCUGGGGCUGAACCAGCGCAUGGUGAACUACUGGCUGAUGAACCGCGGGUUCUCCGUGGGGCUGGGCGACAUGGUGCCGACUCCCGAGACCAUGAACGAGGUGAUGGACCUGAUCGCGAAGGCGAAGCGGAAGGUGACGAGUCUGAUCCAGCAGGGGCAGCACAAGCAGCUGGAGAAGCAGCCGGGCAAGACGAUCGAGCAGUACUUCGAGUGGUCGGUGAACAGCGAGCUGAACACGAUGGCGAACCAGACGCAGAAGACCAUCAUGAAGCAUCUCAAGAGCGACAACUCGCUGCAGGCGAUGGCCGUGGCCGGCUCGAAGGGCGCGCCGCUGAAUCUGCAGCAGAUCAGCGGCUGCGUGGGGCAGCAGAACGUGGAUGGCAAGCGAAUCGCGUACGGAUUCAUGUAUCGAACGCUGCCGCAUUUCUGCAAGGACGAUUUGGGAGCGGACGCGCACGGCUUCGUCGUGAACUCCUACCUGAAGGGACUGACGCCACAAGAGUUCUAUUUCCACGCGAUGGGAGGCCGCGAAGGAAUCAUCGAUACGGCGGUGAAGACGUCGAAGACGGGAUACAUUCAGCGCCGCUUGAUCAAGUCGAUGGAGGACUUGAUGGUGUACUACGACGGCACGGUGCGCAACAGCCGAGGUCAGAUCGUGCAGUUCCUGUACGGCGAGGACGGAAUGGACUCGCGCUGGAUCGAGGACCAGAGCAUCCCGACGUUGCACAUGAAGCUGCGCGACAUGACGCGCGUGUAUCGCUGGGACCUGGCGUACAACCGACUGGAGUACUGCGACGCGGUGUCCGAUCGGAUCUGGAUGAGUCACGAGGCGGUGGAGACGAUCCGGAAGGACCUGGACAGCCAGCACGAGCUGGACUCCGAGUUCAACCAGCUGCUCGAGGACCGCACGCACCUCCGCAGCAUCAUCACGGUCACCGACCAGAAGGUGCAGGACGUCCGCGUGUUCCAUCUCCCCGUGAACAUCAGCCGGCUGAUCUGGACCGCGAAGACGCGUUUCCGCGUGGACCCGAACGGCGUCUCCGACCUGUCGCCGUCCUACGUGAUCGUGCAGGUCCGCGACAUGCUGAAGCGCAUCUGCGUGAUCAGCAACCGCGUGGGCAUGCCCGAGUCGCAGGACAACGCCAAGCUGCUCUUCUCGAUCUUCGCGCGCAGCAUGCUGGCGAGCAAGCCGCUGAUGAAGGAGCACCGGCUCACGAUCAAAGCGUUCGACUGGCUCAUCGCGGAGAUCGAGAACCGCUUCAUGAAGGCGCAGGUGGCAGCGGGCGAGGUCUGCGGAAUCGUCGCCGCGCAGUCGAUCGGCGAGCCCGCGACGCAGAUGACGCUGAACACGUUCCACUUCGCCGGUGUGUCCGCGAAGAACGUGACGCUGGGCGUGCCGCGUCUGGAGGAGAUCAUCAACUGCGUGAAGGAGAUCUCGACGCCGACGAUGACGCUGAAGCUGCGGAAGGACCUGCGCGGAAGCCGCGAGGACGCGCAGCGCAUCCAGAACACGCUGGGCCUGGCGACGCUGGACAAGGUGAUCUCGUCGGCGGAGAUUUAUUACGAUCCGGACCCGGUGAACACGGUGGUGAAGCAGGACGCCGUGCUGGUGAAGAACUUCUUCGAUACCGAAGAUCUGAACCCCGCGAUGCUGUCGUCCUGGAUGCUGCGCCUGGUGCUGAACCAGCAGAUGAUCGUGGCGAAGAAGAUCUCGCCGCAGGUGAUCGCCGAGCAGAUCAAGGAGCUCACGGGGCUGAAGAUCUCGACGAUCGCGUCGAACGACAACGACUCCAACCCGCGUGGAGAAGGUCUCCGGCGACGUGCUGCUCAAGUACACGCUGGACGUGCUGCAGUCGCAGCUGGUGCUCUUCGGCACGCCGGGCAUCGACACCGUGUACAUCAGCGAGGAGACGAUCAACGAGUUCGACGACGAGGACGCGGCCAGCAGCAGCGCGCCGCGCAAGGAGUACGUGCUGCAGACGGACGGGUCGAACCUGCGCGGCGCGAUGGCGGAGGAGUCGCUGGACUUCACGAAGAUCUACACGAACGACAUCAACGAGAUCUUCGAGGUGCUGGGAAUCGAAGCGGCGCGGCGCGCGCUGAUGAAGGAGAUCCGCAUGGUGAUCAGCUUCGAUGGGUCCUACGUGAACCAUCGCCACCUCUCCAUGCUGUGCGACGUGAUGACGUACAAGGGGUUCUUGAUGCCCAUCACGCGCAACGGAAUCAACCGCAUCGACACCUCGCCGCUGCAGAAGGCGUCCUACGAGGAGACCCAGGAGAUCUUCAUGGAGGCCGCGGUGUUCGGCGAGAAGGACAAGCUGCUCGGCGUGUCGGAGAACGUGAUGACGGGGCAGCUGCUGCCGACCGGCACCGGCGUGUUCGACGUGUACCUCGACACCAAGAAGCUCAACGAGGCGGUGGACGUCGCGGUGGAGGGCGACGGGCUCUCGCGCCGCUUUCCGGACGACGAGGACAACACGGUGAGCGACUACAGCUCGCCCGUGUUCCCGAACCUCUUCGACACCACCACCGACUCCCCGUUCUUCUCGCCCAGUUCCGGCUUCGCCUCGCCGGGCACGGACUACACCGCGCUCUCCGCGUCGCCGCAGCACUCCAUCGGGGCCGCGGGCGUGGCGCCCUCGGACGGGAUGGGCUACAGCCCCAUGUCGCCCUCCUACAUCACCAGUCCCAGCUACUCGCCCAAUUCGCCGGCCUACAGUCCCACGUCGCCGGCCUAUUCGCCCACAUCGCCGGCGUACUCACCGACAUCUCCGGCUUAUUCGCCGACUUCACCGGCCUAUUCGCCUACCUCGCCGGCGUACAGCCCUACCUCGCCCGCUUAUUCGCCUACCUCACCGGCCUACUCACCGACGUCGCCGGCCUAUUCACCGACUUCGCCCGCCUAUUCGCCCACAUCGCCGGCGUAUUCUCCGACCUCCCCUGCCUAUUCGCCCACCUCCCCUGCCUACAGCCCCACCUCCCCGGCGUACAGCCCCACCUCGCCCGCCUACUCGCCCAUGUCUCCUGCCUAUUCUCCCACAUCGCCGGCCUACUCGCCGACCUCACCGGCGUAUUCUCCUACCUCCCCUGCCUACUCUCCUACCUCACCGGCCUACUCACCGGCAUCGCCCGCCUACUCGCCAGCGUCGCCGGCCUACUCGCCUGCAUCCCCUGCUUACUCGCCGGCGUCUCCGGCCUACUCACCCACAUCGCCGGCGUACUCACCCACCUCCCCGGCCUACCUCAACUCCAGUGGGUCCGGAGCGAUGCAGAGCAGCAAAGACGCGAAGAAGGGCGAAAACACGAAGGAGUAAAACUUGGAUUGGCUGGAUUGGAUUGUUUGUUUGGAAGCAAAACCGCGAUUCCCGUUGUACAUUUUCAAUUUGUUGAUGUUUCGAGGAAUCGCAUCGUUUUUUGGGAGGAUGGUUGGACACUCCUCCCACGAGCAGUCGAGCUCGCAGGGUUCUACGGAAGGUUCAAGUGGAUUUGUUUGCAAACGAUUGAUAUGCAGAAAACGCUUCUGAAGGGAACGUUCAGACCUCGGAGCCUGCGGCAGAAACAGUAA